GUUGAUGACCUUUGCACUUCCACAGAUAUCUUCUUCCUAGAGCCUUUUCAGUGUGUUUACUUCGUUUUACUUCCAACUUCUCUUGAAGAGUGAGGGAUUAAAGGUGCACGGAACUUUCUGAAGAGAAACAUGGGGCUGGUCUCAGCAGUGAAGAAGUCUGUGGUGGUGCACAUGCUCAUCGCGUACAUUUUCCUGGCGAGUGGAAUCAUCUGUAACAUCUUCCAGGCCGCGGGGUACCUGCUACUACGACCGUACUCUCUCACCGCCUACCGAAAACUGGCCGCUUUUUUUACCAACAUGCACUGGAGCCAAUUGGUUUUCCUGAACGAAUGGUGGGCAGGGUCAGAAGUAACAGUUUAUUCUAGUGAUGAGCAGUGGCAGGAGCACUUUGGGAAGGAGACAGCAGUUAUAGUGAUGAAUCACCAUUAUGAGGUGGAUUUCCUGCAUGGCUGGACCCUAUGUGAAAGGUUACAGGUGUUAGGGACAUCCCGAGCUCUCAUCAAAGAAUCGGUGAAGUACCUGCCUGUGGUUGGCUGGAGCAUGUUCUUUAUCGAGUUCCUCUUCCUGAAGCGUGAUUAUGAGGAGGACAAGAGAACCAUUGUCAAGCAGCUGAAGGAACUACGCAACUACCCCGACUACUUCUGGCUGCUGCUGUUCUGUGAGGGAACACGGUUCACUGCAGAGAAGCACCAGAAGUCCAUGGAGGUGGCCAGGAACAAGGGUGUGCCUGAACUGAAACACCACCUCCUGCCUCGUACCAGGGGCUUCCUACUCUGUGCACAGGGCAUCAGGGAGUACAUUCCAGCCUUCUAUGAUGUGGAGAUUCACUUCCCCAAUGGCAGUCCUGAGCCUACAUUAAUGGGUCUCCUGAAGGGAGAGGCACAACAUGCUCACAUCUAUGUCAGGAGGAUCCCAACAGAAGAGGUACCAGAAGAGGAGAGUGCCUGUGCUGAGUACUGUCACGAGCUGUACAGGAUAAAGGACAAAAACUUUGAGUACUUUGAGCAGAACGGGGUGUUCCCGGAUAAGGUUCGUGAGAUCCCCCGGAGGCCGUACACACUCCUGAUCUUCACCUUCUGGUCCGUCCUGCUGGUGGUGCCCCUCAUGAAGUACCUGGUGGGUCUGGUCCUGUCAGGAUCAACCUUCAUGAUCGCUGGAGUCGUCCUGGGAGGGGUUCUAGUGUCACUGUUACUACAGAAGAUGAUGGAGGUAACUCAGAUCUCCAAAGGCUCCAGCUACGGACACACCAAGGACAACAAUAAGAAAAAGUAGUAGCCAGCAAUGCCAGUGUACAACCUCAAGCACCUUUGGUUU